UUGAAAGUCAAAAAGCCACUUUACAAAUCUUGCGCUCAUCUCAUAUGGCUUUGACAAUUAAGCAAUUGGCACUUAUUCUGCGAAGUUAAAGGCUGCAUGGCUUGUUUUUUCAGGAGAAAGAUCGCUGCACAGCUAUCCAGAAUAUUUGGACACAAAGAGGAUGUUUUCAUACCAGCUAUUUCCGCUAUUCCAGUGUCAAGGAAACAGGUGGGUCCAGACUUCCAGCUGUCCGUGAAUGAUCUAGUGAGCAAUGGGGUCCUCAGCGCUGGUGGCGACUUCAAGACCAAAACAGAGCUGCUGGCAAGACAGAUUCAGCCAGAUGAGGUGAUCGAGGACAUUGCCCCCUCCCGUGGAGGACUUCAUUUCCGAAUAAACAAAAUCAUACUUGCCAAGACACUGUUGAAGCAGCUGCAUGAGGAUCCAGGAGGUUUUGGGGUCCGCAGUGAUCUCCUCAGGGGCACCAGUGGGAAACGAACGCUAGUGGAAUUCAGCUCUCCCAAUAUCGCUAAGAAGUUCCAUGCUGGACACCUGCGCUCCACUAUAAUAGGAAACUUCAUCUCCAACCUGAAGGCAGCGCUGGGUAAUGAGGUCAUCAGGGUGAACUACCUGGGAGACUGGGGAAUGCAGUUUGGGUUGCUUGGAGCCGGCUUUCAGCGUUUGGGGUCUCAGGACAAACUGCGGCAGAAUGCCCUUCAGCACCUCUUUGAUGUGUACGUGCAGGUCAACAGAGAGGCCGAGAGUGACGGCACGAUACAGGAAGAGGCGAGACAGUUCUUCCGGCUUCUAGAACAAGGGGACGAGCGCUCCCUGUUGCUGUGGAAACAGUUCCGCGACAUCACCGUGGAGGAGUACAAGCGUAUUUACAAGCGUCUGGGCGUCCAUUUUGACCACUACAGCGGGGAGUCCUUCCACCAGGCGAUGACUCAGGAUGUCCUGCAUCAGCUGAAGCAGCAGGGCCUUCUCAAACGCACACAGAAAGGUACGGGUGUGGUGGAUAUCUCUUCAGCUGGGGACAUGUCCAGCUAUGCCACAGUGCAGCGCAGUGAUGGCACCUCACUGUACAUCACCAGAGAUGUUGCUGCAGCCCUGGACAGGAAAGAAAAAUAUGAUUUUGACGAGAUGAUCUAUGUGACUGACAAAAGUCAAGAGAAUCACUUCCAUCAGCUCUUCAGCAUCCUACAGGCCAUGCAGCAGCCAUGGGCACAGAGGUGUCGUCACGUGGCGUUUGGGCUGGUUCAGGGGAUGAGUACGCGCAGGGGAGAGGUGGUCUUCCUCGAGGACAUCCUGGAUGAGGCCCGACAUCGCAUGCUCACCAACAUGGGGAACAGCAAGACCACUAAAGACCUGGAUGACCCAGAGGACACCGCAGAGAAAGUUGGGAUCAGUGCCCUCAUAGUCCAGGACUUUAAGGGCCCCAUCCGCUCGGACUACAGGUUUGAGUGGGAGAGGGUCCUGCAGUCUCAGGGAGACACGGGAGUCUUCCUGCAGUAUACACACGCUCGCCUGUGCAGCUUGAUGCGUAUGCAAGAUGGCGGCGCGGAGGAGGCCAACUUUGACCCAGAGCACCUCCUGGACAAGAGGAGCACCCAGAUCCUACAGCACCUGCUCAGGUAUGAUGAGGUGCUGCAUCAAUGUGACCAGGAACUACAGCCGCGCUACCUCCUCAACUUCCUCAUGACCCUGUGCCACCUGGUCGCGUCGGCACACAAGGAGUUACCUGUGAAGGGCAGCCCACCUGCUGUGGCCCAGGCCCGACUGCAUUUGUUUGCUGGCGCACGCACCGUCCUCUCCAACGGCAUGGGUCUUCUAGGCAUCACGCCUGUCAACAAGAUGUGACUGAAGACACAAAAUAAAAUAAAAGAAAUAUUUCAAAAC